AUGGCGUCUGCUUCCUGUUCUCAUUAUUUAGAAGGUGAAGAGUUGGAUUUUUUAGCGUCAGACGAAGAAGAAAUUGAAUUUGAAGGCUUCGAUGUGGAUGAAAUGCCACUUUCGUUCUUUGGACGUGGAGACCACGAACAAGAAUCUGACAGCGAGGAAGAUGCCAGCUUAUAUGUCCAUGAUGAAAGUGACGAAGAAGAUAGUGAGAGCGAAUCAUCUGACACGGAAGAACUAGUUUGGAGCGAAAAUCUGACACCUCAGACCGAUAUUCCCUUCGAUCAACGAUGCGGUCCAGUCAGAAAUUUACCGGCCGGCAAGAAGGCGAUCGACUUUUUCGAGUUGUUUUUCACCGAACGUCUAUAUCGCUUGAUUGUCCGCGAAAGUAAUAGAUACGCUCGACAGGAACAACAGCGUUUGGGCAAAGACCUUUAUUGGAGGGAGCUGACAAUCGAUGAGUUUUGCACAUGGCUUGGUUUAUAUUUUGCAAUGGGACUCGCUCAAAAACCGUCGAUCUCUGCUUACUGGGAGAGAAAUAAAAUAACAUCAACUCCUGCCUUUAGAAAAACCAUGCCCAGGCAACGGUUUGAAAGCAUUUUACGCUUUUUACAUUUUGUUGACAAUAACUCUGCCCUGCCACACGAAGAGGAACGUGACCGAUUGUUCAAGAUAAGACCGGUUAUCGAGGAACUACGUCGUCAGUUCCAGAUAAAUUAUGUCCUCUCCAGAGAGGUUUCAAUCGAUGAAACAAUGGUGAAAUUCAAGGGGAGAAAGUUUUUCAGACAAUUUCUUCCAAGCAAACCCAUCCGAUUUGGUUUCAAACUGUUUACGCUGGCGGAGUCCAAAUCCGGAUAUAUCUGGAGCUUUGAAAUUUAUACUGGUUGCAAAGGGGAGGCAGAGGAGAAUCAAACAAAGAACGUUGUUGUUCGCCUCAUGAGCCCACUUGAGGAUAAAGGCUACCGACUAUUUACUGACAAUUUUUACACUAGCCCUGAUCUCUAUUUUACUUUGAGGGAACAUGGUAUUCAAGCUUGUGGGACUGUCAGACCAAACCGGAAGGACCUGCCAAAGGAAAUCAUGGACCAUAAUGGCCCUCUUGUCAAAAACUUACCCAGAGGUGCUUCCCUGUUUAGGCAAAAGGGAGACCUUAUUGCAGCAACAUGGGAAGACAAAAAGCCUGUUCAUCUUAUAUCAACUGUUCCUGUUGGAAAUGCUAUGGACACAGCGAAGAGGAAGGUCAAAGAAAAUGGCGCUUGGGAGGAAAAGGAAUUUCAGUGCCCAGCUGCAAUAAAGAUGUACAAUGAGCAUAUGGGGGGAGUAGACCUGGCAGAUCACUGCAUUGCAACCUACAAGAAGCACUUGAAGACAUCUACUUGGUAUUUGGCUUUAUUCUAUCACUGCCUCGAGCAAAGUUGUCUGAAUGCAUUUAUUGUGAAGCAAGCUACCCCCGCCCAUGUCAGGCCAAAGCAUUCACAACUUCAAUUUCGUGAAGACCUGAUGACACAAUUGAUUGGGGGAAGGUCAUAUGUAAAGAAGGCAGGCAGGCCCUCAACACCUGUGGUUGCUGAAGCCAGGUUUGACCAAAGUCAAUUUCAUCAUCUGGUGAAAACUGACAGGAAAAGAGCCUGCAUCGUACAUGUACAGGAAGUCCGCACAGUGUAUCAGUGUGCUGUCUGUGAGCGGCCAAUGUGUGUGGAACCUUGUUUCUUGAGUUAUCACACUCUUCAGGAUUUCAAAUUCAAUGAUCCCUCAAAGACAAGAUCAAAAAGUGGAACCAAGCGAGCAAGACAACAUGUUGACUAA